CCGCCGCUGAUGAAGAAGCACAGCCAGACCGACCUGGUGAGCCGGCUGAAGACGCGCAAGAUCCUGGGGGUCGGCGGGGAGGACGACGACGGCGAGGUCCAUCGCUCAAAGAUUAGCCAAGUACUGGGAAAUGAAAUCAAGUUUGCUGUCCGGGAACCGCUGGGGCUCAGGGUCUGGCAGCUGGUUUCCGCCGUCAUGUUUUCUGGGGUCGCCAUCAUGGCCCUCGCGUUCCCUGACCAGCUCUACGACACCGUCUUCGACGAGGAAUCGUCCAGCAGCAAGACUCCCAUCCGGCUCUACGGAGGAGCCCUCCUCAGUGACUGCUGCAUUCCCAAGGCUCUGCUGGUCUCCCUCGGAAGCUGCGUUAGAGGGCAGUAGAAAACUGCUUUGUGCUACUUGUCUCUGUUUUUUCGUUGCCAACUUCUGCCUUUUCUUCCUCCUUCUCCUCCAGUUACCACCGUCUCCCUGGUUGAGAGUAGCCGGAUAGCCACAGGUGCCGUGCUCCUCCUGGUCAGCCGAGCCCUCUUCAUCCUCAUCAGCAUUUAUUAUUAUUACCAAGUUGGACGCCGUCCCAAGAAAGUCUAA